AUGCCUCUUCUAUCAGGAACACAGUCGCCUUUCCUUCAGAAUGUCUUCACACGUCCGCAGGAUGUGCGACCGUUGGCGAUAGAUAUCUCUGCGUUGACGCGCGAAAAGCCACCUCUUCCGCAAAUCGUUAUCACCCCAAGCACACCGUUAACCGAAGAGAAACCCUUCGAAUAUCCAUUUGGUCGCCUUAAAUCUUAUCCUAUAUAUCACGAAGAUGAUGAAGAUGAUGAAGAUAACCCUCUUCUUCGUGAACCCGCCCCAAUUCGGCCGAAGUGGAAGACGCUUAUUCCACUGCGCGCGCUGCGGAUAGCGUGCAUUUUUGGGGUCAUUCUUGGCCUAGUUGCUUUUCAUCUUAUAUUAUUCCACCCAGGGCAUCCAGAUGGCGAUAAACCGUCUCAAAUGACUUGA